AGAGAAGAGGGUUCCCAAGAUGGGCUGGCCAGAUAAAGCCCUCCCAGGCUAUGUGCAUGGCAUGAACCAUUCUUGCAGCAGCCUCCUGACCGCCUGUCUCGGGCUGGAAGCCUGCAAUAGCUGGCUGGUGCCAGUCAUCCAGGCCUGCUCAGCGACAGCGAGCCCAGCGUGCGACCAGCGGUCACUGUCAAGUCAACGGUCACAGUGCGGGCUGCGCGUCCAGCAGUUCUACGAGGGCUUGCCACAGACCACGGCAGAGAUGCUGGCCUUCUGCUCAUGCCCUGAGGAGGACCAGGCCUGCGAGAUGGCCAGGGAGAGCCUGAAGGGUGGUGGUGGUGGUGGGGGCACGUCGUGUGAGGCUGAUCAAGACUGGACUUGUCUGGAAAUGCUAGACACCUGUCGGGAGAGCAGGAUGUGCAGGGAAAGGUUUGACAGGUUGUUGUGGAAAUGCUUGGGGAUUGGACCUGCUUCCUAUCACGGUGAAACACACUUUGACUGGGUUCACCUCUCUGACCUGGACCUCAUCCUAAGUGAGGACAGGGAGUGCAGAAUGGCCAUGGUGUCCACCAUGGGGACCACGCUCCAGCACUCGUGCACCUGUGAUGGACUCUACAGCUACCAACACCACAAAUGCAGAAUGCUCCACAGGCUUCUGCACGACCACUCCAUGUUUAUGACAAAUGUAGCUGUGAGUGGAGCUGCUGUUCAAUCAGCUGACACAGAUCAAUGGAUACAUAGGGAGUGGUGGUUAAAUGAUGACUUUCUGUAUAUAGGCGUGUAUGUCGUAUUGGUGGUGGCAUUGCUCGGCGUGGUCCUCAUCGUUUUACACAAGUUGGGGAUGCGAAAACGAGUUGCAGACCAAGUCAGAUAUGACACUCCUUUGCAAAAGAACAGUGGCACUCCUUUCGGGUGAUAAAUAAAUGUCAAUGUUACUUUAAAAUGAGAUGUCUCCUCCUCUGCUCUGACUGUGCUGUGUGCAGGGGUGCUGACAGGGGGUGGGGACAAAAGGGACAGUUUUCCCAGGCCCAGGGAGGGAGGG